AUGUCAUCCAGCGGCAACAACGAUGAAAAUGUUGACGCAGUUCUGGGUCGCAUGAUAUUAGAGUCGUGGAUGGGCCAUGAACUGAGCAACACUUUCCGAACUUCACUUCGAGAUCGAGGCAAUAUCCCCACUCCACUCGAGGACGACGUGAACCUCUUCCCGGGCAGCGCAUGCGGUGACAAGCUGUGGAUUGUUGACCGAAUCCUCGAGCCACAGACAUUGCCUCACUUCUUUGAAGCGAUAUCCCCGUACAACACCAUCACCGGCGUCCCAAUGGAGCGCCUGAUGGCCCGAAUUGCCUCUUUUCAGUUUACCUCAAACCUGCUGAAAAUUUCUAAGGACCUUCAUUCGAUUAAAGCCAGAAUUUGGGAGGGGGUCAUGCCUCUUUCCAGCAGACAAUGGGUGGACAAGGGCCUGGACAAACCAGAGAAUUACCGCGAGGCUUGUCAGCACAUUGGCUGGGUCAUCAAGGUCUUCCAGUAUCUGAAUCAUCCUAUUGUGGCUAAAGGGAUGCGUGACACCUUCAAUAGUAUUCACAAUGAGCUCAAGAAUCUCGAGGAUGCCAUCAAUGCGCACCGCCGCCAGAAUGGAGGCGAACCGAAUGUGCAGGUCCGAGCUGUGUGGACUGCGUAUAUCAGAGCACACUUCGACUACAUUACGAACAGAGCCCAUACGUGGGUGAUGGACCGUAUUGACCGCUUGCGGAUUCCAAUCACAGAAGACAUGCGUAACUAUGCUAGUCCCACCCCCAACACAAUCGAUCAGAAGAGGUGGGAGCUGUCGAGUAAGAUACACGACCUGACCGAGAACUCGGCACUGGCGGACAUCAACAUCAUGCUCUCCAUGCAGGACUACAACGGUGUCACACCCUUUGACGACUCUGACUUUCUCUACGGCAAUCCGGUCCCGAGCAUGCCUCUGUCAGGUGCCCAUCCGGACCCCCAGAAAAGAGCUGAGCUAUACCACCUCCGCCUCCGCUACCUAACUCGGCUUAUGCAGCAGAGAGGAGAUCCCAGCACCGAGGCUUUCGAAAGACUGCUUCCUACCCUCAAUCCCUAUGACGAGGCAGACAGCAUCCGCACAACCGAAGCGCAACUACGAGCACAGGCACAAACCCGCACGGAAAUGCGUGGUGAGCGAGUGAAAAUUCCCAACUUCUGGAUCACAGAGUUGCAGCGGCGUCUGGGACAUGAUAACAUGGCAUGGUCUUUUGUAGGGUACCGGACAUCGAAGCAACACAACGAUGAGGAGUGGAAUGAGUUCAAGCAUAAAUUCGACAAGGAUCAAAAGAAUUGGGGAAUAGAGCUGGGCGAUAUCGAGGACAUCCGUGAGAUUUCCAAGGUACACUGGUUGGACCCAAAGGAGCUUGGCAUCAAUAGUGAAGAUCCAGAUGCCCUAAAGGAGUGA